AUGUCGGAAAAAUCAGAAAAAUCAGCAACCGUCAUGGACAUUGCGCCGGCGGCGGAGCACCCUAUCUCGUCGUCGACCUCGGACUCGGACAUUGACGCGUUGCCGACCAAGCGUUCGCGCUUUACCGGAGACGCAUUUGUGUCCGGCGCCGCCGUGGAGAUUUAUGAGCCCAUUCCCGAGUAUGAAGGCCGGCACCGCUACGAUCCGACGGCGGAAUGGACCGAAAAGGAGGAGAAGACACUUGUUCGGAAGUUGGACAAACGCAUCUGCUCGUGGGUGUGCCUCAUGUUCUUCGCCCUGCAGCUGGACCGCGGCAACAUCUCGCAGGCCCUGAGCGACAACAUGCUGGGCGACCUCGGCCUGACCACCAACAACUACAACUAUGGCAUGAUGAUCUUUUAUGUCUGCUUCCUGUCGGCCGAAGUGCCGUCGCAGAUGAUCUCCAAGAAGCUGGGGCCCGACGUCUGGAUCCCCAUCCAGAUGGUCGUGUGGAGCGUCAUUGGCAUCUGCCAGGGCCUCGUCCAGGGCCCCAAGAGCUUUUACGCCACCCGCGCCCUCCUCGGCCUCGUCGAGGGCGGCUUCAUCCCGGACGCGCUGCUGUACCUGUCCUACUUUUACACCAACAAGGAGCUGCCCCUGCGCGUGAGCUUCUUCUACUGCGCCUCCAACGGCACCUUUAUCGUGGCCGCCUUUUUGGCGUACGGCAUCCUGCACAUGCGGUCCGUCGGCGGCUGGGAGGGCUGGCGCUGGCUGUUUGUGCUCGAGGGCGCGCUGACGGCCGUUGUCGGCCUCAUUUCGUGGUUCUACCUGCCGCCCGGCCCGACGCAGACGGCCAGCUGGUUCCGCGGCAAAAACGGAUGGUUUACCGAGCGCGAGGAGGUCAUCAUGGUCAACCGCGUCUUGCGGGACGACCCAGCCAAGGGCGGCAUGCACAACCGGCAGGGCCUCAGCUGGACGCUGCUCUAUAAGUCCCUGAUGGACUACGACCUGUGGCCCAUGUACGCCAUGAGCUGGACCCUGCUCAUCCCCGUCCAGCCCGUCGCGUCGUACCUUACGCUCAACCUCAAGGCCCUCGGGUUCGACACGUUUGAGACGAACCUCCUGACCAUCCCGGCCUACGUCCUGUUCCUCAUCCAGCUGGUCUUUUGGACCGUAGUCUCGGAGAAAAUCAACAACCGCAUGGCCAUUGUGGCCUUUUACUCCAUCUGGUGUCUGCCGCUGCUGCUGGCGCUCGAACUGCUGCCCGCAGCGGCCAGUCCCUGGAGCUGGUAUGCGGUCACGCUGCUCCUCAUUGGCUACCCAUACAUUCAUUCCAUCAAUGUCAGUCUGAUCUCGCGUAAUGCCGGUUCCGUGCGCACCCGAACGGUGGGCAGCGCCUUGUACAACAUGAUUUGCCAAGCCAGCUCCGUCAUUGCAACUCAGAUCUACCGCGCCGACGACCAGCCUCUGUACAGACGCGGAAACAAGGUCCUUCUCGGCAUCGUGGCCUGGAACCUGGUGAUUACGGCAUUUGUCAAGGGCUACUACAUGUGGCGGAACAAGACCCGCGACCGCACCUGGGGUGCCAUGUCGUCUGCGGAGCGGGACGCGUAUCUGCGAACCACCAAGGACGAAGGCAGCAAGCGGUUGGACUUUCGGUUUGCGCAUUAG